CAGUGGAAGUGCCCUGGCUCUGAUGCUUGUGCUGAUUUCAGUGUCAGAACAAUGUUAAUCUGUGUGAGUGUGUCUUGAUUUCUCGUCUGUACCUGGUGUGAAUUCACCUCAGCUGCAGCCUGAGCCCAGAGAAGUCUUGUGUGUGAGUGUCAGAGGAGGGGAGGGGGCUCACGGACAGGAACAGACCCCCCAUGAAGGAGUUUUCUAUAUCUUUUGAGAGUGGGAUCAACCAAAGUGCAGCUUGUUGAGAUUUUCCUUUGCUCAUUCCUCCUUUCAAGAGUCUCUCCAGCCCUGUUCUCUGCUUCCAGGGAGGCAGCACAUCUCUGUCUGAGGGACGCUGCACCUAGUCUUUGACAAUGAAGUUUAACUUGUUCAGACAGCCACAGGCCGUGGCGGCCGCAGAGCCCACUGGUGCCACCACCACCGUGACCAUGGCCCCCAGUCCGGCUGUUAUCUCCACCACCGCUCUGGACAUGUCUGGCUCCAACAACACAGAGAUCAACAAGAAUGACAUGUUUGAGGAAAUCAAGAGUAAAUUCUUGAAUGAAAUUGAUAAAAUCCCACUGCCUCCGUGGGCUCUGAUUGCCAUCGCUGUUGUGGCCGCAUUGCUCAUCCUCACCUGCUGCUUCUGCAUAAUCAAAAAAUGCUGCUGCAAGAAGAAGAAGAACAAGAAAGGGAAGAAGGGCAAGGAUGGCUUCAACAUGAAGAACAUGCAGGAUGGCGAGAAACACCAGGAUGAUGACGAUGACGAGGGAGAGACCGGAUUGACCGAGGAGGAGAAAGAGGAAGAGGAGAAAGAACAAGAGAAACUGGGGAAGCUGCAGUACUCUAUAGAUUAUGACUUUGAGAACACAAAGGUCACGGUCGGCAUCCUCCAAGCUGCAGACCUCUUGUCCAUGGACUCGGGAGGAACUUCAGAUCCUUAUGUCCGAGUCCUGCUCUUCCCUGACAAGAAGAAGAAGUUUGACACCAAAGUGCACAAGAAGACCCUGAACCCCGUCUUCAACGAGACGUUCGUAUUCAAGGUGCCCUACGAGGAACUUGGUGGGAAGACACUGGUGAUGUCUGUUUACGACUACGACCGAUUCUCCAAACAUGACGUCAUUGGGGAGGUGAAGAUUCCCAUGAACACCAUCGACCUCGGACGGCCGAUCGAGGAGUGGAAGGAUCUGGAGAGCGCCGACCAGGAGGAGCCUGAGAAACUCGGAGACAUCUGCAUCUCCCUCCGUUAUGUCCCCACCGCUGGAAAACUCACCGUCUGUAUCCUGGAGGCAAAGAAUCUAAAGAAGAUGGACGCCUGCGGAUUAUCUGAUCCUUAUGUGAAGAUCCAGCUGCUUCAGGGGGGUAAGCGUCUGAAGAAGAAGAAGACCACGGUGAAGAAGAACACCUUGAACCCAUAUUAUAAUGAAUCCUUCAGCUUUGAAAUCCCCCUAGAACAGAUGCAGAAAAUCUUGGUGGCGGUCACGGUGUUUGAUUAUGACAAGAUCGGUAAGAACGACGCCAUUGGAAAGAUCUUCGUGGGCAGCAAGGCGACCGGUUUAGGGCUGAAGCACUGGUCUGACAUGCUGGCCAAUCCCCGCCGUCCCAUCGCCCAGUGGCAUCCAUUGCAACCUGAGGAGGAUAUCGAUGGCCAGCUGGCAUCUCUGGCCGCCAAGAAGUAACGUGCUCCACCGACCAGCUAAUGCACUAACUCAGAAAUCCAACCCCCGCCCCUAUUUUGCAUGAAACCCAUGACUUAACACACGGUCAGGAAAACUGCUCAGCAAAAAAGAGACGUCGUAGAAUACCCCGCUCAUUUAUGGUUAAGUCGGAAAAAUAAAACAGUUUUUAAAUGAAUCAUCACAUCUCACACCUUAGCUGAGAAGAGUGCCGUUGAAUUAUGGGGGGACUGGCUCCUGAACGAUCGAAGAAACUUAGAAACUGAUUCUUAGGGUGCUGACACUGAAUAAAAGUCUCUGUGAAGACAAUACUGGAAAUAAAGCUUUAGUUUAGUUGAGCAUGCUUUACCCGCCCCACCCCCCACUGCUCUGCAUACACCACACCCAGUAUUGUAUCCUGCUUAUAAGUGUGCUAUAACUUGCAAUAGUAAGUACUGUAGUAUUGGGCUAUCUUCCGCACAGAGUGUGUUUAAGUAAUACAAGAAGAGUUAAUUGAGAAUGAAUGAAGUCAUUGAAUGCAUCGAUCCCUGUUGCAACAUGUUUUAAAAAGAAAGCUGUGAUUUAUUUUACUGUGAAUUCGAUACACACGGUAGAGUAGCGUACAGUGUGGCCGGGACGCCGCAGUGUUUUGAUCUCUGUCACUCGUUUGUGUCGCCAUGGAGGCAUCGUCUAUGCAUUUAGGUCCGACACACGUCUCUGUGUCUUCAGACAGAUGUAAUGUAGGACAGGAAUACAAGGGUGCCUUUCCUGAUAUGUGACACUCUGAGAAAUGCGGCGUUUAGUGGAGAAGGGCGGAACUUUUUACAGAGUGAAUAUUGUUCAAAGGUCGUCAGGGACACUGUGAAUGUGCCAUCAGAAAUGUGUCUUGAGCUGCGUUGACCACUUGGAUGUAAAACCGCACUUACACGCAGGGAAAGUCAGGACACUAGGAGGAUUACCCAUGAAGUUCAAAACAGUUGUGACUAUGCUUCUGAAUUCUGCUGAUGCUUUUGAAAAACACCUCACGCUUUUUAUUUUGACAUCCGUUCAACUCUCUGUGAAGGAUGUUGUAGUUGACACGAACGCUCUGUCGCUCCCACCUCAGUACGUAAAUAAUUUGUGAUGAACCUAAGUGAGCAUUUCCAGAUGUUUUUAUAGUGAACUGAGUGUGAAGCGUAAGCUGUGACUGCACUUUUUAAGAGAACGGGAAUUCAACUGCAAAGCAAAUCUCAACACGGCAAAGUGCAGCAUCGAACAUAAUAAACAAUAAACAUGUGCAGGACCAUUCGCUUGAACCAAAUAGAGCUGCAGAAUCGAGCAUGUCUCCCACUUCACAGUAGUCGUUUAAAUCCCAUUCAUCAGACACAAGCUUUAUAAACCUGGAGCCAAAGUGCUACACUCACUUUAUCAAAGACUUACUAUGUUAGUGUGACGUGCAGAUGCAUGGAGGCAAAAAGUCUUUAGAGCAACUGAACACCUGGUUUCAAUAAAAAAAAUAAAAACAAUAAAAUUAUUCAAAGUUAUUUGGAGUUACACAUUUCCAAAAAAGUUGAUCUGGAGUAAAUUUCAAUUUAUUAUUAAAGAAAAAACCUCAAAACUAAACAACUAUAUUCAAGUUGAUUAAAUUGUCACUCCUGGAUUAAAAAAAUAAUACCAAGUUCAUUUAGAAACCAAAAUGUAUCUAAAUGAAUAUAAGUGUAUGAUUUUGUUUUAAAUCAAAGAACUACAAUCACCACCCUGCAGUAGUAUGCCUCCACUAACCAGUCACAAGUGACAACUGAUCAAAUGACGUGAAGAAAUUCCCUAAAGUCAAAAACAUACAUUUUUUCGUUGAGUCCAAGUGAAGCUGGCUUAUGUUGUUCCAGUUUUUCUCCUUGAAUGUGUGCGAAUGAAAAUCAAAAUGAGGUGUUCAGCUUCUGUCUUUGCCUCCGUGUCAUCACCAGAAACAAAAGUGACAGAAAGGAAACAGCAGCACACUGACCGGUCCACCCACAGUACUUCUGCUAUAUUAUUAUCAACACCAUGCAUCGCUGCAGAUUUGUGAAUAGGCUACAGCAUGAAUUUACAAGAUGAUGUAAAUAGCAGCAUGUUUUAAAGAGGAACCAUUAUUAUAUUGUGUAUGUGUGUUUGUGUUCUAUGUCAUUUUUGAUAAUAAAACAGAGUAAAAAAAACCUGUAUGCACUGACUGCAAAGUGUAUGUAUUUUUGCUAAAUGGGACUGAAUGUACAUGUCUGGAUUAUUCAUGUUAUACGGUUAUCGGGCUCCUUUAAAGCCUGGAGUUAUAGCAGGGUUGCUUUACGUGUCAUAUGUGAAGAUCUAUUUCGUUUUCUCAUAAAACUGCACGAGUGUCUUAUUUCCUGUCAUUGCUUGUAUGUGUCCUCUGUGCUAAACCCAGUGUAUCCGUGUGCUCGGGCUACAGGUCAUGUAAUUGUUGUUCAUUUCUGCUUGCACUUGUUAUAUAGUCUGUCUCGGCCGCUGACCAGCAAACUGUAUAGAUUUGAAAAAAAGAGGAGAAUAUUUGCUGGCUCCUUGAUUUUCUAUCUCAGUGUACCGUAAGUGUUUCCUUCAUUUACUCCUGCCAGAUGAGUGUCAAGUCUUAGUUCAUCAAAUGUAGAUACAGUAACUGACUUGUGGCCCAUUUUUCCUUUUAUUCACACUUUAUUAAAUUGUACCUUUUCAUUAUGUUGCCAUUCGAAUAAACCUGCUCUCACCUGUCUGAUCAUACAUUAGAAGUGAGUGAAAUCAGUAAUUUGCUUCUAAAAUGAACCAAAUCCUUUUUUUUAAAACUUUAUUACGCAAUAUUUUUUAUCAAUUUGUGUGAAAUAUCAUCACUGGAUAUUAUUGAUGUAGCUCUCUCAAGUAGCUCCAGUCUGGUAAUUAAGCAAUCAAUAAUCUUUUCAUUACCAGUGCCACUGUAUGAGUGAACACACAGUUUAGCUAAUAGAGUGCAGGGGUGUGGUGUCACCCGUGCAUGCUCUGUGAGAUAUGAAUGCUGUAUCUAUCACGGCAUCUCUAAUGUGGGGAUUUGUUUUCUCCGUCCAUCCAUGAAGAUGAAUAAUCACAGUCUCCAUGACAGUCCAUCUCUUAGAGUAGAAGUUAUUAUGCAUCCAUGAAGUUUGGAGGAGGAAUAAACACAUUUUCAUUUUGAAUAUCAUUUUCACAUUUAAGUUUAUCCAUAACUUUAUAUAGCAUGUGUAAACCUUUUCUCAGAAUCAUUCAAUAUACUCACUCUCAUCCAGUCUAUCUACACAUAAUCUAUAAUCUCCAUUUUGUGUAUUUUGUGUAUUUGCAAUAAGACCACUUGAACUUGUAUUUGUUGGUUCGGUGUAACUGUUUGGGAUUUAGUGAUGGAAUUGUAUGAGUUUAUCCAUUUUCUGCAAUGCAGGCAACAAAAUCCCAGUCUUCCCGGUCUCACAUGCUCUCUUGAGCACCGAGCCGACCCAUUCAGUGCAGAACCACAUUCGCAAUGCAAUACUGCCGACCUGCUGCUUCCUCUUUAGUGAAUAUCCUCUGAACGUACAGUAGCCAUGAUGCAGAACAUCCAAAGAGACGACUGUCAUCACUCACUCACUUACUGAGUAACAGACUCUCAACUCUCGUUUUGUCUUGAUGUAGACGUGUGUCAGUAGUUGUACCAUUUUUGUGAACUGCAUGAUUUAUUUCCAUAUAAAAUCCAUGUUUUCCAGCAAAAGGUGGAAACAAAACGACAAAAAAAAAACUGUACUCAUAUAUCACUCUGUAGAACUGAAGGGAACCAAAACAUGGGAAGGGGUCAGGGCUCAUCUGUGUUGUAAAAAAUGUAAUCAUAGGAAAUAAAGGCAU